GGCUCUGUUGUUGCAGCAGGAAUGGAUUUGGCUCCCAGCCGCCCCGUGGCUGGGCCAAAGCUGUGUUUGGCUUGUCGCUCUCUGGUCACACAGGUACAGACAAGAUUAGGGUUUGGUUUGGCUUGUAUAAAGCGCUCAGCUUGUUUGGUUUGGUAGUGUUUUAGGUGGAAAACUGCGAACAGGAAAAACACAGUCUGAAACAUUAAAUCAGCACAUGGGCUGUGCAGCUGUUCCUUGGGAAUGGGGGCCAAAGCACAGGGCACGAGGCUAUCAGAGCAUCUGGCCCUAAGAGAAAUGUUUUGUGCUAACAGAUCACGCUCAGCACCCUACAACUUCGGUCACGGAGCUGUGGAAAUGCAGUUGCGAAACCACAGUGAAAUCUGUUCCCACUCACACUGAUGCAGGUGCAUAGGGGACAACCAGACAGGGCAGGAUGGCAAGGAGCCUUGUGUGUGUCUGUAGGGCACAGCAGAUGAGUCACAAAAGAAGGAAAUGCAGCCCCACAUCUCUCCCGUGGACCUUUUCCCUGCAAAAGCCGCUCGGGUUCAGGGGGUGCCUCAUUCCACCAGCAGGGCUGGAGCCCGCGGAGCUGCUCAGUGGGUCCUGGCAGCCCCAGACACCCCCCCCGGCACGGAUGCGGUACCCUGGGGUGGUGCAUUUGGGUUUGCGUGUUAUGAGAGCAGAGGCUGGGGCUUCUCAGGGCUGACGUCUCUCUCUGAUUUCAGGAACUGUCUUUCGCUUUUUAAAAGGAAGAAGGAAAAGCAAGGAACCAAUGUGAGACAUGAGAGCCAACAGCACCAGCCUGGCAGGAAGGCUCCAACGUGCGAAAAUGUCCCGGAGUCUCCUGUCUACGCCACUGUGAGUAAACCCAAGAACAUGAAGCAGGACGACAGCAUUCAUUACGCAGACAUCCAGGUGUUCACCAAGGUCCGGGAGCGCUCUGCGGAGGAGGUGAAGAACUUACAGAUGCAGAAUGCCACAGAGUACGCCACCCUCAACUUCCCCCGGCCCAGGCUGAAAUAUGACAGUAAGAACGGGACCCUGGUUUAAAAAGCUUAGUGCCCCUCUCCUCGUUCAGCAGCAAAAGGAUUUCACAGACUUGGAGAUGCUGUAAACUCGAGCUAACCUCAUGGACACAUCGAGUCUGCCUGCGAAGCAGAGAGGCUGUGUCUUCCACCUGCGUGUGCCUUCAGAGGACAGAGGCGUAUUUAUUCUCACAUGAGGAACAGUUACCUGCCUGGUUCUGCUGGCAAAAAAAGCCACCUCUUCCCCUUGGAAAAUCUGUGUUGCCUCUGAAGUUGGCAACCCAUCUCCUCUCAGCCCUGCGAGAAGGCAGAGCUGCUGCUUGGCUGGUGAAGGUUAAAACCACAGCCCGGAGCUGCCGGGAGGGUGUUCCAAGUGCGGCUCUCCCGGCGGAUUUGGGAACACGGCACAGAGGAGUCCAUACGGGGACAAGGGAGAUGUUGCCGUGGGAUUUUAUGUUGAUGUUAAGAAAAUUCUGCAAUGUGCAGAAUGACAUGUGGAUGAUAUUGUGAGGAAAUUGUAUGGAAGUUUUAAGAGUAUCUGCCAUGUUUUCCUCCAACACCAGCCAGUGUACACUGCAGUCAUGCACUAUGUGCAUCCCUUUUCUCAGAAAGCAGUGUUUUACAGCCAUGCACAGCACACUGAGACCAAGGCCAGAAAUGCAGAAUUAACUGAAGGGUACAGAACAAUUCCUUUCACUGAAGGGCGGUACUGACAGGCAUCCUUACCCCAAGGUGCACAAAAGUGAGCACUGAGCUCUUGGCUCUGACUGGCAAUGAAAGAUGGCAAAUUUGCAGGUUAUCUGCAAGGCAGCCAUUGAAAAGCCACUGCCUAUAUUUAGGGCAGUUAUCCGAUCCUUAGAGUACAGUAGCUGUUUGCAUGCCUGAGACACUAGGAAUGAAUCCUGGCCAACUUUAGAGAGGGCUUUGGACUUUUUCUCCACGUUUCCUUAUUUUGUAUUGUCAGCCUUAGUUAUAAAACCCUGUAACACAGAGCACAUACCAUGUGGUGUUUUCUGCUAAAACUCCCAAAUACACAUUUGAGAAUUAAUGAGUUUAAAAUAAUGUCAGUAAUGCAGUACAGCAGCCGUCCAAAAGGCUUCUGCCGCUGGACUGAAAUUGACAGUUGCACCACUGGCAGUUGCAGAGUGCUCCCAGGCAGUGUCCUCAGGCCCUAAAUCAAUGGUUGGCACGUUCUGUUCCUCGGUAAUGGUCUGCAUAGCCAAAUGCAGGUCGUGGAACAACCUGUUUAUUGCCAGUGUUGAAAAAUGGACUUCAUUGUACACUUUAUAAACAUGCAUCAUUUUGCAUAUUAUGGCUUAGCUAAAUGUAAAAGAAAAAAAAAAAAAACA